AUGAAGGCGAAGGGUCAAAUAUGCUCACAGAUUUUGGAAAAACAGAGAAAGUUUACCUCUCUGGAGUCUGAUUCAUCCUCGCUUACGCAGACAUUUGAGCUCAUUCAACAACAAAGAGCCAACUUAUCUACCAAAUUAAUGGAGAAGAGCACUUACUACACCAAGGUUGCAGAGGAUAUGAAUGCCAAAUUACAGCAACAACAGGAUUGGGUCGAGUCCAAAAAACCUAGCAGAGAACCGGAAGAGCAUGAUUUGCUUUCAGCUGGCCGCUAUGAUCCCAAUUGGACUCAGCAGAAGGCAAUAAAGAGCUGA